AUGGAGCCUCCAUUUUUCUGCUUCUGUGGCAAGCAGUUCAGUAGUGGGAAAGCCAUGGGAGGCCACAAAAAGGUCCACUCGCAGAAGCUAAGGAGAAGUAGCGAAGAUGACGACGGUCCCAGGAAGAAGAAAAACCCGAUUCCGAAUCUGAACAACCUCAAAGGCGGCGCCGUCAUCUCUGCAAGAACUGAAAAUGGAAAACCUAAUGUGCCGCCGAAGAAGCGUAAAGUAAUAAUGGAGGACGGAGAUGAGAAGAACUCUCAGAGCACGGCGGCGGGGGAGCGUUAUUUUUGCGGCGUUUGCGGCGUUUAUUUCAAGAGCCAUCGUUCACUGGCCGCCCAUAGCGGCCAUCACACUAAAGCAGCUCGGAAAAUGCUCUCCAGUAAAGUCGAUGAAUCUUCUUCUUCUUCUUCUUCUUCGUCUGAUGAUGAUCACGACGAUGAAGAUUAUGACGUUAACGAAGAUUCAGAUUCAGAUUCAGAAGAAGAGGCAGAAUCUGAAGCGGAGAAGAGGAUGGCGUUCAAAUGCCCUUACGAUUGCGAAAGGGUUUUCCGGAGUGGGAAGGCGCUGGGUGGGCACAAGCGACAUUGCAGAAACAGGGCCGCCGCCGCAGGCGUCGCCGGAGGUCAUGGCCGGGAAGCCGCCGGCGGCCGCAGAUGA